AUGACAGUCAAUCAUAUUUUCUUUUGGGCCUCUGCUGCCAAGUACGCGCCACUGCGAUCAUUUUAUCGCACUAUCCUGCAGCCGAUCGGGUAUACCGAGAUGAUUCGUGUACAAAAAGAUGCUCUCAUAGGCUAUGGCAGUGACUAUCCUUACUUCUGGCUCAAAAGGCUGCCUGAGGAAAAAGAACCUUUGCCAACUCACAUCGCGUUUGAUGCCCCAAGUCGUGAAGCAGUGGAUCAAUUCUACCAGCUGGCACUGCAGCAUGGCGGUCGAGACAAUGGAGGUCCAGGCAUCAGGAAAGAAAUGAGUCGGCAGCCGUACUACUCAGCUUUUGUAAUUGAUUUGGAUGGAAAUAACGUGGAGGCUGUGUAUCUUCCAAAGUAA